AUGGUUGGAACUAUUUCCGAGUGGUGUAUGAAAUCGAUAAAGGAUACUGUGAAAAGAUUCAAAGUGGACGGGCUCAUCUUUACUCAUGACUGUGGUAUGGAGUGUGCACAUCUGGCUUUAAAGAACUUCCCAGAAUAUGGUGCAUUGCUUAUCGAUGGUCCCGCUUUCAGAAAUCCAGUUGAGUAUCAAGAUAUGCUCAUACAGAAUAUGGAAAGUCUAACUAUUGGGAUUUUCCAUGACGAUUCGAAAAUCUCUUUGGAUGAGAUAUUUCUCACCAACAGCAAAUUGAUAGAGAUUGAUUCAAGACACAUCACCGAUAAAAUGAUCAAUCGAUACCUGAAACAUUGGAUUCAAGGUUCAAACCCGAGAAUGGAGAAUAUAAGAAUCGUGGGCUCUGUUCCAAAAUCGGAGGCCCAUAAAAAAAUCGGAGGCCCAUGGCAGAAUCGGAGGCCCAUGGCAGAAUCGGAGGCCCGAAACCUAUCGUGA